AUGAAGCCAGCCAUGGAAACUGCAGCGGAGGAAAAUGCAGAACAAAGCCAAGAGAAAAAAGUGAUCACCAGACCAGAAAUGGAAAUUGGCAGGUACCACUGGAUGUACAGGAGUUCAAGGCCACACCGGUACCAUCAUGUGCCAGCAUUGAGAGGCAAUAUUAGUCCUUUGGGGAUUCAAGGUUGCUUUGAAUGUUGCAUUAAGUGCCUAGGAGGAGUGCCAUAUGCUUCGCUCGUGGCAACCAUUCUCUGCUUCUCGGGGGUAGCGUUGUUUUGUGGCUGUGGCCACGUGGCGCUCACAGGAACCGUGUCUAUCCUUGAGCAGCACUUCUCCACGACUGCCAGCGACCAUGCUUUGCUGAGUGAAGUAAUACAGCUAAUGCAGUAUGUAAUUUAUGGUAUUGCAUCAUUUUUCUUCUUAUAUGGAAUAAUCCUUUUGGCAGAAGGUUUUUAUACAACAAGUGCUGUGAAGGAGCUGCAUGGAGAGUUCAAAACGACAGCCUGUGGCCGCUGCAUCAGUGGAAUGUUUGUUUUCCUCACCUAUGUGCUUGGAGUGGCCUGGCUUGGGGUCUUUGGCUUCUCUGCUGUGCCUGUCUUUAUGUUCUAUAACAUAUGGUCAACUUGCGAAGUCAUCAAAUCUCUUCAGACAAAUGUGACAGUUCCAGGGGACCAGAUCUGCGUGGAUAUCAGGCAAUACGGUAUUAUCCCUUGGAAUGCUGUACCUGGCAAAGCCUGUGGCCCGAUUUUAGAGAACAUCUGCAACACGAAUGAGUUCUACAUGUCUUAUCACCUGUUCAUUGUGGCUUGUGCUGGAGCUGGUGCCACUGUCAUAGCAUUGCUGAUCUACAUGAUGGCUACUACAUAUAACUAUGCUGUUUUGAAGUUUAAGAGUCGGGAAGAUUGCUGCACUAAAUUCUAAAUUGUAUAAGCCCAGUAAAGAGCUGCAUUGCGUAGCUUGAAAUACCACUGACACCCUAGGCUAAAAGUCUAGCUUUCUGAAUUUUGUUACAGUAAUUGUAAAUAGCUUCAGUAAGCAUCAUUAGCUUAUCAGAUUAAUAAAAUGACUUCUUGUAUAUGAACUAUGAUGUGGAUGAGAUCUGGCUAUUUUUUCAUGUCGAGAGGAUUCAGUUACUGUAGGGGUGUUUAUAAAGCAUCCUUCUGAAGAUGGGAUGUUUCCACUUCAAGUCUCCAUUUCCUUUCUAACAGUCAUCUCUCAAACAAAUACUGGAACAGUUCAGGGUCAGAAUUAUUAAUUUAUUCUUCAUCCUGAACACCAAAUACAACCCCCCGAGCAUACAAAAUAUGUAUGAUACAAAAGAAAAGGAAUAGUACAGUAGUGCCAGUCUCUUUCGGCAGAAAUCAGAAGCCCGGGUAUUAUGAAUUAGUUGGCUUGUAUUUCCAGUGCACGGAUUAUAAAGUUGAUUAUUUUCUUUUACUUCAUUUUUAAGUAAUUGCCAAAUCACGCUCUCUCUGGAAGGAAAUACAUCCUUGUAUUAGCUCUGCGUAAAACAAUCGCAUUCUUUCUUUCGGACCCUGAACUAGUAAGAAACAGCUGCAUCAAUAGCUUCUGUUCUUGUAUGGCUUGCACUUCAGUAACUGAUUUCUCAGUAGCCAGAUCUCAAAACUGUAAGUACGACUGCACGGGAAGCAAAACCAUGCAUAGAUCAUAGAGACCUUUUUACACUGUUGGGUUUAAAAAAAAGGAGAAGUGAAUCAGUGUUUUCAGAUGUAGAUUUUUUGCAUGAAGUAUGGUGAAAAGAAGUUGGGAAGAGAUGAAUGCACAAACUAGAAAAAAAUCCAUGCAACAAUAAUAAUAAUAAUAAUAAAAAAAAAAGAACCAGUUGCUAUAUAUGAUACAAAACUCUUCACCUGAGGUUGGACAAUGGAAGUUUAAAAUGUAGUUACAAAAAUAUACAAUUAAGACUUCUUAACCCAGAGAUUGCAUGCUUUUGCUUAGUUUUGGACUCAUGUUUUGUUGUCUAAUUUUUCAAUAUGUUAAUGUAGCCUUGUUCAUGUCAAUAAAACUGUUUACAGUUUCAGGCUUUUUCCAGGGGGAGGGUGGAGUUCUCAUCUGCGUGUUGGGGGAAAAGACUUGCCAGGAUCUGGGCUUGGAUAUGCAUAAACACCACAACCUUAGAAAGCAGUUCUUCUGAGCACCUCGUAGUUUACAGAUUACAUAUAUUGCCACGUACCAAACUUUUUUCCUGCUUCCCCCCAUUCUGCAUUUUAAUUGACCCGUACAACUCUGUAGCUCAUUUUAUUACUGUUAUACUAACUUUCUCUAAAUUGUGAAUAACCAACUGAAAUAUUAGCAUGCCAAAUUCUAGAGAUCUUUGAAAAUAGCCUCUGUGCUUGUUUUAAUAACAGAAUGCUUAUUAACGUAGAAUAACUUUUUGUUUUGGUCGUUAUUUUAAAGAGCGUCUAUUAAUCUAACUAGCAGCUUGCUUUGCCUUUUGACAUGCUCACUAGCCAUCAUGCUCACCCUUCUCUUCCAGAUCCACUUCCUCAUGAUACUGUCUUCUAACUGGGCCUACUUAAAGGAUGCAAGCAAAAUGCAGGC